AUGACACAAAUCGGCUGGUAUGGCCUUGGGUCCAUGGGCCUGGCAAUGGCCUCAAACCUCCAGCGCCACCUAGCUGCAAAGAAGGCACUGGGCCUGAUCUAUUCGAACCGCACGAUGGCACGCGGAUCCGCCCUUCAAGCGUUGGGUGCAGUCUCAGAGCCCAAUUUCGAGAAGCUGGUAUCUCGCUGCGGUAUCAUCUUCACCAUGGUCUCGAAUGACUCAGUGCUUCAAAGCCUCUUGUCUACCGCCAUGGGCUCCAGCCAGUCCUUGAAAGACAAGAUCUUCGUCGACUGCUCAACAGUGCACCCCCAGACCGUAAGCUCCGCUGUGUCCCAGCUGAAAAGCAAGGAUGCGUCGUACGUAGCAGCGCCGGUCUUCGGCGGGAACCCUAUUGCCGUCGAUGGCAAGCUUGUGUUUGCCAUUGGCGGUCCUAAGCACGCGACUGAGGCCGUCAGACCUUUGAUUCAGGACGUCAUGGGUCGCCGUGUCAUUGACUGUGGUGAAGAUGCUACGAAGUCCUCGCUUCUGAAGAUUGCGGGUAACAUUGUUACGGUUAAUAUGAUGGAGGCUGUUGGCGAGGCUCAGGUCUUUGCGGAGAAGACGGGUCUUGGAACUGGUGUUAUGGAGGAGCUUAUUGGUGAGGCUUUUGGUGCUGUUGCUGGAGGAUACUCCAAAAGGCUGACUACCGGAGCUUAUGCGCCACCCCUGGACUCUCGACCUGGCUUUGGUGUUUCUCUCGCUAUCAAGGAUGCUAAUCAUGCUAUGUCAAUGGCUCAAGAGCAGGGCGUCGAGCUUCCUGGUCUUGAGAUUGCCCGGGCUAACAUGGAGGCUGCGAGAGAAUAUGGCGGAGAGUGUCUGGACAGUAGCUCCAUGUAUGGAACGUUGCGCCAGAAGGCUGGCCUGGAGUUCUGGAAUGAGAAAAGCCGGAAAGAAUAG